AUGCAGAUGAAAAAUAAUGUGACUGAGUUUAUUCUACUUGGGUUGACCCAGGAUCCUGUUAGGAAGAAAAUGGUGUUUGUCAUUUUCUUGAUUUUUUAUUUGGGGACGUUAGUGGGUAACCUGCUGAUUAUUACUACCAUCAAGACCAGUAGGGCACUUGGGAGUCCCAUGUACUUCUUCCUUUUCCACUUAUCUUUAUCUGAUACCUGCUUCUCCACUUGCAUAGCUCCUAGAAUGAUUGUAGAUGCCCUUUUGAAGAAGGUCACUAUCUCUUUCAAUGAGUGCAUAGUUCAAAUCUUUUCAUUCCAUUUUUUUGGAUGCCUGGAGAUCUUCAUCCUUGUCCUCAUGGCUGUUGACCGCUACGUGGCCAUCUGCAAACCCCUGCGUUACACGAACAUCAUGAGCCAUCAAGUCUGUGGUGUGUUGGUGGCUGUGGCCUGGGUGGGGUCUUGUGUUCAUUCUUCAGCUCAAAUUCUUCUAACCUUAAGCUUACCUUUCUGUGGUCCCAAUGUGAUUGACCAUUAUUUAUGUGACUUGCAGCCUUUGUUACAACUUGCCUGUACAGACACUUAUGUGACCAACCUUCUCUUGGUGUCCAACAGUGGGGCCAUCUGUACAGUGAGUUUUGUCAUGCUGAUGUUCUCCUAUGCUAUCAUCUUGCAUUCUCUGAGAAACCACAGUGCUGAAGGGAGGAGGAAAGCCCUCUCCACCUGCAUCUCCCACAUCAUUGUGGUCAUCUUGUUCUUUGUUCCCUGCAUGUUUAUAUACACUCGCCCGGCUACCACCUUCCCCAUGGAUAAAAUGAUAACUGUGUUUUAUACAAUUGGAACACCUUUACUCAACCCCCUGAUUUAUACCCUAAGGAAUGCAGAAGUGAAAAAUGCCAUGAGGAUGUUAUGGAGCAAGAACCUGAUCUCAGAUGACAAAAGAUAA